GUUUUCUGCCAAGCAGGUAUUGACCCAUGGGCAUCAGAAGCUUGCAUCUUGCAACAGUUCAACACUUUAGAACUGUUCCAGCACCACCAAGAAACGCACGAUGAAAUUAACAAACCCUGGGCCUGUUCCAGUAUACACGGUCGCGGGGCCAUCGACGGCACGGCCGCUGCCAGACUGGCUUGCGCGGCGCAGGAAGAGGUCCUCCAAGUACGACCCCGAAAACCUCAACAACUUUGAGCUGCUCCAAGAAUUCGAGUUUGAGGAGGCCAGCAACUGCGUCCGAGUCAGCGAGGAUGGCAACUGGAUCAUGAGCACGGGCACCUACAAGCCUCAGUUCCACGUACACUCGACCCAAGAAUUGUCGCUGUCCUUCUCCCGCCACACGAAGUCCGAGAACACGACGUUCCUCCUCCUCAGUUCCGACUAUUCGAAAAGCGUCCACUUACAGUCCGAUCGGUCGUUAGAGUUCCACACGCCCAUGGGAUGCCACUACGAGGUCAGGAUUCCCAGGUUCGGCAGAGACUUGGCAUACCUCCGCCAGAACACCGAGGUGCUUAUUCCUGCCGUCGGCCUGAGCUCGGAUGGCUCUGGAUAUGGCGAGGUCUUCCGCCUAGAUCUGGAGAGGGGCCAGUUUCUCCGGCCGUGGCAGAUUGACGUGGGCGAGGACGACCCUGGGAGCGGCUUGCAAGGGAGCAUUCAUGUGGGCGCAGUCAAUGUCGCAGCAGUAGCAGAGAGGACGCAUGGCCUCUGCGCUUUCGGCACAUCCGUGAGCACCGUCGAGUUCUACGACCCGCGCAGCAAGGCGCGAGUGGCUGUUCUUGGGGGGCACGAAGGCGAAGUCACGGCCCUCGACUAUAGUGAGGACGGACUGUCGCUUGCCCUCGGCACGAGCACCGGCCAGAUUCGCGUAUUCGACCUCAGAAACCCCCGUCCGCUGCUGAAGAAGGACCAAGGAAUGGGGCUCCCCAUCAAAAACCUGAUCCAUCUGAAGACGCCCACCGAGGAGCGUAAGCUUCUUUCGGCCGACAAGCGCAUCAUCAAAAUCUGGGACGAGCAGACUGGGGACCUCUGGACCUCGGUCGAACCGUUGGUCGACCUCAACUUUGUCACUCAUGUGCCAGACUCGGGCAUGAUCUUGACUGCGAACGAAGGCAAGCAUAUGCACUGCUUCUUCAUUCCUGACCUAGGCCUUGCACCCAGAUGGUGUCACUUCUUGGACAACCUGGUCCACGAGAUGGAGAACGAGAAGCAGACCGAGACUUAUGACAACUACAAGUUCUUGACCAAGCCCGAGCUCAAGUCCCUCAGCCUGGACCACCUUAUCGGAAAGACCAACCUGCUGCGACCGUACAUGCACGGCUACUUUGUCGCUGCUAAGCUGUACGAUCAGGCUCGUCUUAUCGCCAACCCCUACAUUUGGGAAGAGGAGCGGGCCAAGAGGAUUAAAGAGAAAAUUGAGAAGGAGCGCUCAAGCCGCAUCAGGGGUAUCAAGAGGGUCAAGGUUAACCAAAAACUGGCCGACAAGAUCCUGCAGCGGCAGGAGAAGAGAGGCAAAGUGGACGCUGAAGCAGGCGUUCUCGGCGACUCCCGGUUCAACAAGCUCUUUGAGGACGAGGAAUUCAUGGUCGACGAGACCAGCCAAGAAUUUCGCGCCCUCAACCCCAGCACCAAAGUGGAGGGUGCGGCAGGCCAGGAUGUUCCCAUGCGCGGUGGCGACUCGAGCGACGAAGAGAGCGGCUCCGAUGCCGAGAGCGAGUCCAGGAGACCAGACGGCGACCUGCUCAUGCAAGUAUCGUCCUCGAAGGCCCAAGGCGGCAGGAUCAAGGACGUGGCAUUUGGCUCCAGGGAGCAGAAGGAGGCACGUGCCACGAGAGCUCGGGGCGGCGAUGUUGUUGGAGAACAACAAAUCACAUUUGUACCGGAAUCGAAAAAGAAGAGCAAGCCGCAACCUGCGCCUCCGGCGGUCAAGCGCCAGGACAGGAGGAGCGCAAGCAACAACACCUUCCGACGGCUAUAGAGGCCAGUCCCGCUUCCGUUCGGAUCCUAUAUCUUACAAGCAUACUGCACCGUCUUUGGCGGAAAAUCGCGCGAUUCGUGGAUCGUGGGCCUCGGCUGCCACCGCUCCAGGUUGCCGUCCACUGCCUCCUAUGCCGCCAGCCUACCCAGCGGCUACCAGCAGCAUCACCCAACACUAUCCUCUCUCGCCUUCCCACCCCGGCUCAUCCGAUUCCCGCCCCUACUUCCGGCUGAAAUUCGUCCUCUUCUUCUUGGACUUGUCGAGGCC